GAAUAUGAAAUUGGAUUGUUUGCUAUUCGGUCCCAAUCCGAUCCCGAUCCGGAUUAUACGGUCCGGUUUCGGGUAAAACCAAACAGUUCCGGACCAAAUUGUUAGUACUACUACGGCGGGAGAGGGGGAGGGAUAGGAAGGGAACGGUCUCAGGUUAGUGAUGAAUGGACUCGGGUUACGAAGGGCUUGAUUUGGGCUUUCUUAAGUGCAAUUAAGAGGUCUGACUUGAGUUGACUGACUCAUCAUAUCCUCAAAAUUUUCAGUGCGCAUUAAUUAAACUGCUGGUGUUAAGGUAAAGAAAAUGUUAAAAACUAGGAUGAUUAGUAUGAAAAGAAAAGAAGUAUCUUCUUGGCCUUCCUCUAGUUUGAAGUUUGCCAAAAAAUUUCAUCAAUCCUUAUCUACUUGUUCCACCCACUUUGAAUUAAUUAGUUUGGGAACUCGUACUUUUUUUUUUAUGGAAUAGUGUGGUGGUGAAAAUCAUAUGUUUAUGAAUAUUCAUUUUUUUUUAAUUUCCAAAACAUAAUUUAAGGAUUUUUCAAAAUCAAGAUGAUUUGAAAAUUUGACUUGUUUCUAAAAUUUUCAUGCUUCGCUAAAGACGUUUGGAGAAUGAUGAGUGCUUUUGUUCAGAUCAAUACGGGAAACUUGGACAUCUCCUCUACAGACGUUUGGAGAAUGAUGAGUGCUUUUGUUCAGAUCAAUACGGGAAACUUGGACAUCUCCUCUACGAUCAAGAACUGGCGGGAUAGACAUCCUAACAAUGCCAAGGAGUGGUGCUCUAGCGUCUUUCUCCAUGCCUACUGCUGGUGUAUGUGGCUUGAGAGAAAUUCCAGGAUUUUCAGAGGGCACAAAGAGCUGCCAAACGUUGUUUGCAUCAGAAUCGCAAGGCCAAUUGUCGAUUGGUUGAUUGCAGGAGAGAAGGUUGAUAGGGUGGAGGCUAACUUCUGGUAUUGUAAUCUGAAAUCUCGCCUCCUCCCAAAUACCGACCAGAACCUGAUGCUUUCAAGCAGGGAGAGGGUGCUGGCGCUGUAGAUCUUCCUCGCUGAUCUGUGUUUUGCUGCUUGUGUGGCCCCUGUCGCCUCUGGUUGAGUGAUGUUUUUUGCUUGAUUAACUUUCUGUUGGGCUUGGGUUUUGUUGUUAGCUUGCUGUUUGGCAUUGGAGUCUCCCUCUUCCCCUUUUUUUUUUGGUUUCUCGCUGCUCUUCCUCUCUUGGAUCUGCAGCUUUUUUGAAUUCUUGACUGUAUUCCUAAAUGUAUUUCACCUUUAUAAAAAUAAAAUAAAAAUUCAUACUCCAGGUUUGUCACGAAUAAAAUGUUGUUCAGAUA